AUCAGUACAAAGGUCAUUUUUUACCUGGAAGUCAAGCAGUGUAGUUGUGCUUUACGUUGCAAUUUACACAAAAUUUAUAAAUUAAAAGACAUUUCUUUUAUUGUAAAUAAGGAUGAACUAUGCAAUGGACAUGCGGUUGACAUUUUAUUGAAAUCCAGUUUCGUUUCGUCUACUCAUACUUUUUCUUCGUUUUUAAGCACACUAGUAUCGAAGUGGAAAGAGCGGGUGUUGUACUUGUCGUGCUCGAAAGGUGGAAAGUGCUACAAUGCCUUAUAAAAGGACCAAUCAAAAUAUAAAUGAUAAGUCGCCUUAUAAAUCUAAGACACGAAGAAACGUAAAGAUAGAGAACAAUGAUAAAAAGAGAAAAAAGACUUCCGGCAUUUCCGGUGGCACUGGCAAAGUCAAGAGAGCAUGCGCACAACGAGUUAAACAGUACAACAAUAUGGCGUCUAAUUGUGAUAGUGACGAAGAUGAAAGUAAUACCGAAUUCUCCAGUGACGAUGAACGAGGAUUUUUCCAAAUGGCUGAAUCAGAUGAAGAUACAGAAGAUGCAAGUGAGACAGAUAUGGCGAAAAUUGAGGAAGAAAUCAGUGAAUUAAAAGAGCAAGCAUAUCAACAGAAACUUGGAAAAUACAAGAAACAGCUUCAAGAGCUUAAUAAUGGAACACAUGUUGACUAUUUGAAAAAAUUAAAUCAACUAGAGAAAGAAAGGGAUGACAGAUUGUUUUUAGCAGAGGUUUGCAAGAUGUAUGAGGUCAGUUGGCAAAGCUAAAUCCGGUAGCUGGAAUUCGGCAAAGCGUUAAAUGAUUUUGGCAAAUUUAAAUGACAAUGCAUUGUUCAUCAAUCCCAUAUAAACUGCUCCCCAGGGCUGUAGGCAGUGACGUAGAUAGUCCUUUUAUUUUGUCAUCUUUAGCUAAUUUUUCUGUGCUCACUCAACGCAAAGACAAUAGAUUUUCCUGUAGAAACCAAUAAAAUGUUUUAAAAUUUGCAUAGUAAGUUUAGUCUUCACUUGAAACACAGGCGCAAGCGAUAAAACAAAGCAAAGCUUAUUUUCCAGAGGUUGGAUGAAAUAAAAGAAAAAGGAUUUUCUUUUCAAUUUGUUUUUAUACUAUUUUAUGCUUACGUCAAGCUGCUGGGCUUAUGCUUAUGCUUAUGCUGAUGAUUUUGUUGGUCGCUUUAUUGCAUUCUUUUAAAUUUUUUUGACUUUGUCCUUUUGCCUAUGAUGCUAGUGAAAACCAGGCUUUAAAGUCGUGAGGAUUCUAUUGAAUUUAUAAUUUUUUUGUAUUGACUGCUUAUCUCUGAUUUGGUCGUAAAUUUCUUUGUUUCACCAAGGAUCGUUUAAUGACGUUUAUGUCACAAUGGUAGAAAUGUUGGAAUGUUUUUUAAAGUCUAUAGAUUUGGACUUAGCCAAUAAAAACACAGCUAGAACGUAUAUAAACGCUAGUAUUUUCAA